AUGUAAUAUUAAAAUGAAUCGGAACAACUAAAUCGAAAACAGUAAUUAUUGAAGAGAGAAAUAUUUGAUAAAGGGUUUGAUUGCUAAGCUUUUUAAGAUUUUAUGGAAUAACUAAAAGUAAAUGGUAUUAUUAGCUUAUUUAAAUUUAGGUGGAUAGGAUGUAAACAUAUGGACUUAUCAAGAGCUACAAGAAGCAAUAAGUUUAUUUUAAACUACAAAUCAACCAUAAAUGGAAACAAUUGAGCUGGAUGAUGUAUCAUGCAGAUAAUCUGAAUUUGAUGAUCAUGUAUAAUUCGAGGCAGCUUAGAAUCAAUAUGAAUAAUUGCCUUAAAUUAAACAAGAGCAAUAAUAGCAGAAUCAAAAACAAUAAAAUUAAAUAGUAUAAAAUGGAAUGAAUGAAGAAAUAGUCGCUAAACCAUCUGUUGAUAAUGAAAGAUUUUAUUAAAAAGUCCACUUAUGUAAAUUAUAAGAUAAAAAAAUGAUCCUUACUGCUAAGGAAAUUAAUGUAUAGAUCACAAAAUUUGAGAAAAUUUAAGGAAGCAUGUUUUCAGCCUCUUAUUAUAUCUAUAUUAUAGAUACAGAACCUAUUGGUUGGAAUGUCUAAAGAAGAUAUAAUGAUUUUGUGUGGUUAAGAGAAGUGUUAAAUAAAAUGUAUCCUGGUAGAUAUGUAUCAUAUUUUAUUAAUUGGAUAGAUUCCUCCAUUACCAAAAAAAACUGUAUUGAAAAAUGAUCAAGAACUUUACUUAAUUAAGAGGAUGAAAUUUUUGGAAGUAUGUAGCUCUUAAUUAUAAUAUAGAAAUUUCUUUAAAGCUUGUUUCAAAGCGAAUUGAUAAGACAUGAUAAAUGGUUUUAUGCUUUUUUAUCAAUAAAAGAAGAAAAGGAUUUUAAGCAUAUAUAAAAAUUAAGUACUCAAUUAUCCAGAGUAACAAAAUUGGAAUAAAUUAUUUCUUUGGAUGGAUAAGUUUAAUUAUAAAUUAAUGACAAUUUAGUUACAUAUAAUCAAGAAUCUACUUCGUUGAUAAAUUCAAUUGAUUUAAGUUAUAAAAAGCUAAGAAAGGAGUCUAAGCAAUUAUUGUUAGAUUUUGAUCAGCUAUCAAAUACUAUUUACAAUAUGGGUUAAACCUGCACUGAUCUAUAUUAAUUUUCAAACAAGUUCAACUAAUCAAUUUCAUAAGGAAAGAUUUCCAAAUUGGAUAUUCUAUAUAUAUCAAUGAAUAAUAUGUUAGUUUAAUGGGGGAACAAUUUGACAGCUUAGAUAAAAAUUGUUCAAGAGGAGCUGUGUUCCUUUUUCAAGUUUCACCAUCAUUCAAUUACCUCGUUAAAAGAAGUAACUAAAUUUAUAAAAAUAGUUCAUUAAAUAAAAAGAGCAGGCACAAUAGGAGUAUGAAAAAUUUAAAUCAAAAUUAGAGUUAAAGAAACAUAAACUCUUUGCAUAGUAAGAUUUUAAUAGAUGGGAAGUACCUUCUAUCUAAAUCAAAGCCUUACAGGAUAGUAACUUGACUUAAAACAGAGAGGUUUGUUUAGCUAUAAUGUUACCUUAAGAAACUACACUAUAGGAAGAACUUAAGAACAUUUUUGCCUUUUACAAUUAUUAAUAAUUUUCAGAAGUGAAUAGUCAUCUUGAAAAAACAGUAACAGCUUUUUCAGAACACUUUAUAAAGUUUUGCAGUUAAUAAAAAGAGAUGCUAGCUGAAGUAUUGUAUAGUUUAAAUUAAUUAGCAAAAAUUAGUAUGGGACAAGAGCAUUGUUAAUUUUAAUAAUUUACACUACCCACAAUAAAUUAUAUUAAAGAAAACUUGAAUAUAUA